UCACGGUGGCGGAAGUCGCGGCAGCUGUGUUUAAAUCAGACCGCCCGAGUCUUGGAAGCUUCUGCUCGCGCCGAGGCCAGCGACCGCCGAGCGUCGGGCGGACGUCCUGACGCCUACUCUGCAGCCCUGCUGACCUGACGCCGCUGCCACGCCAUGUCCACCCCUCCGUUGGCGGCGUCGGGGAUGGCGCCCGGGCCCUUCGCCGGGCCCCAGGCCCAGCAGGCGGCCCGGGAGGUCAACACCGCAUCGCUCUGCCGGAUCGGGCAGGAGACGGUCCAGGACAUCGUGUACCGCACCAUGGAGAUCUUCCAGCUCCUGAGGAACAUGCAGCUGCCAAACGGUGUCACUUACCAUACUGGAACAUAUCAAGACCGCUUAGCAAAGCUACAGGAUCAUCUUCGCCAACUCUCUAUUCUCUUCAGGAAGCUGAGAUUGGUCUAUGAUAAAUGCAAUGAAAACUGCGGCGGGAUGGAUCCCAUUCCAGUAGAGCAACUUAUUCCAUACGUGGAAGAAGAUGGCUCAAAGAAUGAUGACCGGGCCGGCCCACCUCGUUUUGCUAGUGAAGAGAGGCGAGAAAUUGCUGAAGUCAAUAAAGUCCAUCUCCCCAGUUCCAGAAGAAAACGUCUCUCUCUGCAGUCCCUGGUGUCACCUGAAAACCAAAAUAAGGAUUCUUCACUCUCACCGAUGCCAUCCAGCACUGUAAAACGUACUGCCAGCAAGACAUACUGCAGCUUGUCAUGGCCAAGACGACACGACGGCUCCCCAAAGAUGGAGCGUUUUCUGACUUUCCUCCUGUCACCUUCUCCUCUUGCUAUGGGAAAGGAAUCAGAUGGGAGGAAAGGAGUAAUAACUGCCAGGUUAUCCUCAGUAAGUACCAGCCUCACAGUUCCCUAUAGCCUGGGCACCACAGCUACAUUCUCUACCUCUCUGUACCUCCAUUUAUUCCACCUUAAAUGGACAUCAUAAAGAGUAUGUAAAUUCUGGUUUGUGGCGAGGAUUACCUGUGUUAAUGUAUGCAAAGCCAUUCAGUAAACAUUUACUAUCAUUAUCAUUACUUCCUAAACUGGAGUAGAUAACGAG